AUGGAGGACUCGAUUUAUGUGUCUGCCACAGAUUUAGUUGAUGCCUCUCUUAAAGGCAGCCCCAUCAAUGUUAGAAAGCUCCAUAAGAGAGCUUUCCUUGCCAGGGAUCUAUCCUCUUCAUCUUCUGAGGAGGAGUUGGUCCCAGUUUUAAGUAAAAAGAAUAAAGGAAGGCGGCUGGUCUCUUCCGCCAGUUCCUCAUCUGAGGAAAACUUCUCUGCUCCUCCUUCUCCUCCUACUCGUUUGAGUAAGCGUAAAAUUAAGGGGACAGGACCCCAAAAAAGGAAUAGCGUGUUUCCUUUAUUUGAGCACCAGAAACACCUUCCAGAGAAAAAGGACAAAUCUUAGAUAGUCCCUCUCCUUCCUCUUCUAGAGCGUUUGCUCACUCUUCCUCCCAAAGCCGUUCCAGUUCCAGAUACGGCUCUCCAGAAAUAGACUGGGAAUCUGAGGAAGUGGUACGUUCAGCAUCUUCCACUGAGCGAGGGAAGCUAAGCAAUGUUCAGAUGGCCAGAGUAAGUCUCCUAGGAAAGACUCUUCCUUCAAAAUUACUUCACUCCAGAUGGGCUAUGGAGCACGAUUCUGAGGUUAGAGAUUUCGCUAAACUAGCCUUCAGAUCCCCCUUGGUUAAGGAGGAUGACCUUCUCCUCAGGAACCAUAUUGGUAUCCCAGACAUUCAGGCUUUAAUGGCCCCAGAGGUAGAUCCUGCUCUGUUAUCUAUCACAGGGAGCAGCGUAUCCUCUGAUCCCACAGACCAGACUUUUCGCAAUAUACAGUUCAAAAUUGCUGAUGCUGUGGGCCCACUAUUACUGAUGCUGGAUAAGGCAGAAAAAGAAGGCAAUGCUCAGAAACCUUCCGCUUCAUCUCUGUUGGUAUCUAAGAUGGCUCUUUUAAAAGCGUCUGGCAUGGCAGUGCUAAUUAUUGGCCAAUCCUUAAAUUACAUAUCAAACAUCCGCAGAUCCCGCUGGCUCCAUGCAGCAGGUCUGUCCAACCUAGCCCCCAAACCGCAUGAGUUCCCAAAUUUGGAGGAUUCUUACCUAUUCAGUCCCUCGUUUAUUCAGGAGGUUAAAGGCCGUUACAAGGCACGGAGAUCCUUUUCAGAACUCAAGAAGUCCGUCCCUGGCUAUAAAAAGCCCUUUUGGACAGAGGGUUGCCCCUAUAGGGCUGCAGGAGCGUCCCGAGAAGCCUCUCACCAGGCCCAGUACUGCCACUACAGUGAAAGAUUCAAACUCCCGGGCGGUGACAGAGGAGCGCAUUCCAGAGGCGGUUCAGCUUCCAAAAGAAAAACCAUGCAUUCAAGUAAGUGUGCCUCCUCAUAUGCCACUAAAUUAGAAGGAUAUUUCCUCAAAUGGGUUCUAAAGAUUUUUUCAAAAGGGUUUACAACUCCCCCUUUUAAGGUUCCCAGUCCAGAAAUUUGCACCCCACAGAGAGGUGAACCCAGUGCUAGAUGCCUCCCUUUCCUUAGCUUUAAGUCAAGGGGAGAUAGAGUUGAAAGACAUGUCUAUUACAGGAUGGGUCAGCCCAUUGUUCCCAAUCCCAAAAUCAGAAGGUUCCUGGAGACCGUUCCUAAACGUGAGGUCUCUGAACGCUUUCAUCAAAAGGAAAAGGUUCAGGAUGGAGGGUUUAUCAGAUCUUCCAGGCUUAGUACAGAAAGCUUUUUUCUGCAUAAAGUUAGACCUAAAAGAUGA